GCUGUUUAAAGCAGGGGUUUAGAGAGGUUUUAGGAAAAGAUCUGCGCGUAUAAUCCGGAAGAAAUUGUGCGUCCCCCGCAUUCAUCAGAAACAAAUGCCGCAGCUCACACAUCAUCCACAUCAUCAUCCACAUCAAACACACCAUCAUAAGCAUCGCCAUGCCCAUUCAAUCUCUCCCCCUUUUCACUACCUUUUACUAGCAUUUUUUUUCCUCUCGGAUCGAAGGCCUCGAGGGGGAGUAGGAAAAAAAGUGGUUUUUUCUCCUCUCUCUCUCUCUCUCUCUCUCUCUCUCUCGUUUUUCCGCUGUUUUUACCCUGCGAGGAGAGGAGGGGGACGAUGGAAGAGGAAGAAGAGCUCGGUGGCUAUGGUGGUAUGUAUGGUAUGUGAUGAUGGAGUGAUGCGAUGAUGAUGGGUGGGAGUGGUGGUCACUUGUGAUCUGUGUUUUCUGUGUGUGUGUGUGUGAGAGAGAGAGAGAGUGUGCGUUACCUAGAAGACAAACCAAAACAAAAGGGAAGGAGAAGAGAAAGAGGAAAAAAAAAAAAAGAAGGAACAAGAAGACGCUGGAAAAGCAUUCGUUCGGUCGCUCGCUCAAGCAAGCGGUGGGACGAAAGAAGAAAGAGGGCUUUAAUUUUUUUUUAAUUUUCUCUUUGGUUUCCUUUGGUUUGUGCUUCCGUCGCUUGGGCGAGGUGGAGGAGCGAGCGCUAGAUCUGCAAGAGGGUGCUGCAUUUCUCGGGUUUGGAUUCUUUGGGGGGCGAGGCGAGGAGGAGAUGGGGGACGAUCACCCAAAGCGCAAGAUGAAGACUCCAUCGCAGCUAGAGAUUCUGGAGCGAGUGUAUGCAGAGGACAAGUACCCAUCAGAGAUUGUCCGAUCGGAGCUCUCGCACCAGCUAAAUCUCACGGACAGGCAAGUAAAGAUGUGGUUUUGCCACCGGCGCUUAAAAGACCGCAAAGGUUCUACCACCACCACCACCACCACCACCACGACUAGCACCGAAGAAACCCGACACAAGAAAAACCAGCAAAGGAUCCAUCCUCAAUACCAACUUGAUCACCACCACCACUUACUUCCGCCGCCGCCACCACCAGCGCCGCCACCUCCGCCGCCGCACCACCACCAUCCCGGCCUGUCGCUCGACUUUGGAUCGCCAAUGCAGCAGCAGCAGCCAAUGCGAGUGCUCCCGAUCGCCACCGCCGCUCCUCACAACUUUCUCGAUAUGAUGCAUCCCGAGGAGCGAGCUUUUCAUAUGAGGCAAUUGGCGAAGAGGGACUUGGAGACGAAUGGUGGCCGUGGUAGCGCGUACCGGAGGCUGGGACUCCACAACGUAAGUCCUCUGGAUUGCCGGUUGAGUGUGAGUCCCGAGGUGGCGGCCAUCAGGCUGGUGGAGGAGCAGCUCGGCGAGCCGAUGAGAGAAGAUGGUCCCAUUCUUGGCUACGAGUUUGAUCCUCUUCCACCCGGUGCUUUCGAUACUCCAAUCGAGCACGGAAGUCAGUAUCCGAGAAGCCAGUUCGCUACUCCGGAGGGAGUUUACAACAGCGAGAGCAAAGCUCACGCUCGUCACGAACCAAAACUUGGAAGACAAGCACUCGGUUCCUCGGACUUUUCUCCAUCCCCGGCGACUUCGUCCAGCAAGAGGAAGAACAGCUCUUCGUCGCCGUUUCUUCCACUCGCGACUGUGCCGCAGUCUCCGAGAGUUCCUCACGAGCACCAGUUCAUACCCGAGCAUCCGACUGGAACUGGCGCUCACUUUUACGAUCGAUCCAGCUCCAAGCAGCAGCAGCAGCAACCACAGCAGCAAUCUCUCGAACUUAGCACACGAAUCUCUCCACUUUCGUUCUUGCCACCCGCUGGAGUGGAGACUUUUGGAAAUGGCUUUUGCACCGAGAGCCGGCAAGCUCCGACGCUUGGACUUGGCUUUCCGCCGCCGAGCGACAUGAGAUUUCCAGCGGACUUUUUGCCACGAACCGGUAUGCCAUUUCCACCACCCGAGGUUCAACUUUUGCCACCAGUUCGUCCGCCAAUGAGCGAGAAAGCCAUCGCUGGUACCGAGAGAUUGAUAAUGCUGCACGAGCAGGAGCAAGCCCGUCUCGAGAGGAAACGCAAAGCCGAGGAAGCUCGAAUCGCGAAAGAGCACGAAGCACAGGAUAAGCGGAUGAAAAAGGAAAUGGAGAGGCAGGAGGCAAUGCGGAGAAAGAAAGAGGAUCAAGAGAGGAAAGAGUCGGAGAAAGUUCACAGGGAGAAGCAAAAGGAGCUUGAAAGGCUGGCUCGGGAGAAAGCUCGCGAAGAGGAGCGCCUCCAGAGGCAGCACAAGAAAGAGUAUGAGCGCAUGGAAAAGCUAUUGCAGAAAGAAAACCAGCGAGUUGCAAAGCUUCGUCAAAAGGAAGAGAUGAGACGAGAGAAAGAGGCCACGAAGCUGAGGGCUGCUUACGAGCGAGCCACAGCGAAAAAACUUGCCAAACUUUCAACGGGGCUUAUCGAUGACGAGCAGCUGGAGCUGAUGCAAAUGGGAGCUUUUGUGCAAGGACUUAUCUCCGGCUCUGAAUUUGAUCCAAACAAGAUUGAAUUGCCGAUGUUUCCUCCUGCUUCUGUCCGCAUGAAACCACCUAUUGGAGUUCCUCCCUGGAAUGACUCAAAUCACAACGUUGCUAACCUCUUCAUGGUGUGGAGAAUGCUCACUAACUUCGCAGACGUGAUUGGUCUGUGGCCAUUCACUCUGGAUGAGUUUGUACAGGCGCUACAUGACUAUAGCUCUCUACCUGAUUAA